AUGUGGCGUGACAAUACCGACGUGGCGGUAGCAAUAACCGUGAGGAGAGCCAUUGCCAAGCUAGCUAAGCCCAUUCAGGUUAGUGUCCUCCGCCUACUACCGGGAACCGAAGGCGGCGAAAUUAAGUGCUGUAUCACUAUGUUCGAUAUUGAGAACUACGAGAUCACCUCACAGCACGGCAAAGAACUGUUGAAGCAAAUCGAAGAUGAGAUUUCUCGUAUUAAACCACGCAACCAGGACAGUUAUGGAAAUCGAGAAUAUGAGUUAAGUGAGCUGCUGGACGAGAAGGUCAGGGCGCUACUGGUGAACCUGCAACUGAGUGUGCGUGAGGGUGUUAUCUCUAUAAUUCCAGCUACUUAA